CCAUUUGGAGUCACGGGAUGACUUAAAGCAGGGGGACAACCUCCAUAACGGCUGAGUGGAUGGACCGCUGGAUGGAGUGGAGGAGCUACGGUGUGCCGAAGUGUUUCAUCUCCAGCCUUUACUCCAGAGGGUGUAAUGUGUCUCUCCAGCUGAUUCACAUCAGAGGCAGCGUUGGAGAUCCACCGGUCCGACAGCACAUGGAUCCCCAGUGAGAAGAGCGAGCACUCCGGCCAAGGGGGUGUGUGCGGCGUGAUGGCGCUGUGCUCUGACGCCUGUGUCCCCGGCUCGGGGGGAGAAUCCUCCGGGAGUGAGGCCGGUUCGAGCUGUCUUCAGUUUGGUGUUCGUUCCUAUCUGCACCAUUUCUACGAGGAGUGCUCGUCCUCCAUGUGGGAAAGAGACCCGGAGAACGGGGGGUCUUUCCAGAGCCAGAGGUCAGCCCUGGGGUGGAACUCGGUAGUCUGGAAGGUGUCCAUGGCCCUGGGGCUCCUCCUCCUGACUGCAGGCAUUGCCAGCCUGUCCGUCGGUUAUUCCACUCCCCAUAAAAUUGAGACAUUCGGGGAGGGCGACUUGUUCUUCGUGGACAGCCAGGCCGUCAGCUUCAACAGGGGGCUGCACCUCAGCACCGCGGCCGGGAUCUGGCUCUCCUGUCUGGGCUCGGCCCUGGCGGUGAUGGGGGUUAUCGUUUGGAUCCUCCCGAGGGCCAACCUGAAAGAGAGGCUGUUCCACAGACCGGGGGAACGGAGAGGCGAGUUGGGGUCCAAAUGGAGGGGAUUUAGAGACCUCGGGGAUGUGGUCACUAAGCCGCCAGGUAGUGAGAAAGGGAAGAUACCCGUCACACUGUCCAAGGUGGAAAAGGUGCAGUCCACUUCUUAAAUAAGCUGCUGAGCUUUACGGUGUUCAGGCGUUUGUUUUAGUCCCAGGGUUUCAUUAACCUGAUCUUAUUAUUGUUGUUGAAGGACACAACUAGUUUUUGCAUGCAAACUGUUUAAAUGGAGGUCGUUUGGUGACUAUUACUAUUAAAGUUAGACUGAAAGGUCUGGACACACCAGGAUUUAGACGGUAAAAUGAAAUAAUUCCCAUGGAAUCACAGCGAUCAGUCUGUGUAGUUUUUCCUUGAAGAGUUUGACAUGCGCCAUUGACCAAAAGCAAGACGUCUUGACAGUAUUCAGAGCCAGAGAGUCAGGCAAAUACUGGACUCGACACACAAGAAACAGGUGUAAGAGCUGACCUCAUAUAACUUUCAUAUUUAACUAAACGCGUAUACCAAGUACACAUAUUUUAAGACACAUUUUCUAUCUUUUACAUUCAACGUAAACCGCGUUUUGAAACUAUGACCGUAGUCUGGGAGAAAACAUGUUCCCAUUGACAUUGAGAAUGCAGUUCAUUUGUAUCAGAAAGUACUUUUUCAGAGACAGAAAUCAAUGCUAACGUUUGUUUGCAAACUUGAAAACUUUAUUUUCCCUCUUCAACUACUUUUUAUUGAGCUAAGUUUUGUACAAUGGAGAGCAAACCGAACAGCAGAGAGAAAACGGAGAGAAAUUGUCCCAAAUAAAUCGUGUUUUUAAUUAAUUUAAAUAUAUAACUGAGGUCCCAAUAUUUUAACUAGUGUCUUUCUACAGGACCAGGAUAUUGUUGUUUCAAACAUAGACUGUGUUUGUGCGGUGCUUUAGUGUUGUAUUUUAAAAAGACAGUGAUGUCCACCUUAAGACCUAAAAAGAGGGAAGUGACUGAUGUUUAAAAGCUUAUGGUGUGUGUUGUAUUUCUGCCGAAUAUUUCUUAUAAUUCUUAUUUUAAAUACUAUAGUACCAGCUUUCUAAGACAACUAUUUCUAUUCCCAUAGACGGUGUAUAGCCUAUGCACACCGAUUACAGGACAUUCAGAAAGCUCUCACAUGAAGAACAGAACAUUAACAAUUCUGUGUCCACAUCUCCGCUAAUGCCCGGUGUAUUCAACACAUGUACAAUCACAUGCACUCGCUCUCACCGCUCGCCCACACACACAUUCACGCUCCAUUGAGAAUAUCACCUAUUUUCUCCCCACUGUAAUCUGGCUCUGUAAUUGCCUGCGAUGUGUCUCCAGGCAACAGUUGGGCUUAAAGUGCUCAAUUUUUUCGGCUCUGAACAAAGGCUCUUUUCUGAUUGGCCGAGCACUCCCCCCUCUAUUUAUUUUCACACCAAUCAGAUUUUUUGUGUACAGGCAGGACAUAGUAAGAGGAAUCUGCACUGGCACCUUGGCUGUUGGAUAAGGUCCUCUGGUUCAUUAAAGUGGAGUUGUUUUUAAAUAGAAUAAUCAAAACGUCCUGAUUGAUUGCCUUCUCUGAUUCCACUCGAUGUUGUUAUCCAUUUUUCAUAUUUUACUCUGUUCUUGGCUAUGAUGAAGAUAAUGUAAUAGAAAGAGGAUCGAGUGUCACUAGCACAAAGCAAAUAUACCGUGUGAUUUGCAUACCUAAUUGUAUUAAGCUUUGUUAGUGUUUCAUUGCAUUUAAUCAAUCAUUUCCAGAAUAAAAAUGAUUAAACCUAA